UGAUCCUCCGCUCUGUCUGAACCUCAUUGUUGCAGCUUUUCAUAUCUCAAUAUUCAGCCUUCCUGUACAGGUAACUUAAGGGGAAAGAGCAAUGGGACAAGAAUCAGGAUUCAGAAACAGAAAUGGGCAAUAAACAAACCAUUUUCACUCCAGAGCAGCUGGAUGCAUAUCAGGACUGCACAUUCUUUACAAGGAAAGAAAUUCUGAGACUGUUUUACAGAUACCGAGACCUGGCCCCACAACUGGUCCCACUCAGCUACAUAGAUAAACCAGAUGUGAAGCUUCCCUAUGAACUCAUUGGCAGCAUGGCAGAGCUGAAGGACAAUCCAUUCCGUCAACGGAUAGCAGAAGUUUUCUCAGAGGAUGGAGAGGGCAACAUGACUUUAGAUGACUUUUUGGACAUGUUUUCAGUCCUGAGUGAAAUGGCUCCCAGAGACCUCAAAGCUUAUUAUGCCUUUAAAAUUUAUGAUUUUAACAAUGAUGAUUACAUAUGCAAAUCAGACUUGGAGAAAACUGUUAACAAACUGACCCGAAAUGAACUUACCCCAGAGGAGGUUUGUCUUGUAUGUGAUAAGGUGAUUGAUGAAGCUGAUCAAGACAAUGAUGGCAGACUCUCUGUGGAAGAUUUUCAGCACAUGAUAGUACGAGCUCCUGAUUUCCUCAGUACAUUUCACAUUCGAAUCUGAAUCUGGUGAAAGAGAGAGAGAGAGAUGAGAGCUGCAUCUUGAGUCUGCAAUAUGUCAUUAUCAUCUGCUUUCAGAAUUACUUUGCUUGGGGUUACUGUUCAUAUGAAAGAGAGAAAUAAAGAGGACCAAAUAAGGAUUUUCAGACACUGAAGAGCAAGUUGGAAAAGUCUUGUUUUGUCUCGUUUAAAUCUUUAGAAGAUACAAAGGGAAAUCCUGAUGAACUGUAAUUUAGCAGAAGUGGUUUUUUUGCCAAUAAAAUAUUUUUAAAAAAGUCUUGUUUUGAUUUACAGCCUGAGCAGAUCUGAUCUGUAAUGCGGUAAUGGAGUAUACAUGUAGCACAACAUGCUGUCAUUUUCAGAAUAAACUAUUUUUUGUAGUUCAGAGAGAGCCAGGCCCUAAAAAGAACUUACAAAAAAUAUACAGCUCUACCCUGAUAUAACGUGGUCCUCCAGAGCCAAAAAAUCUUACUGCGCUAUAAGUGAGACCGCGUUAUAGCGAACUUGCUUUGGCCUCCCUGCUCCUUGUCCCCUGACUGCCACAGCCAGUGAGUGCGGGGAGGUUGGGGAAAGGCCCCCACCCCGUACUCACCUGUGGCGGGAAGCAGAGCGCUGCAGCCCCAGCCCUCUCCGCUUUCCUUGCCCCAGCCGUGUCGCUGGGAGGGGGUGUGUGUGUGUGAAAGGUCCCGCACUCACCAGCAGUGGUGGAAGCGGAGCAGCCGAACCCUAGCCCGCAACACUCCGCCAGCUCCCAACCGUGGUGCUCCGCUUCCCACCACAGGUGAGUAUGGGGGGGCAUCCUUUCCCCAACACAUCGGCGAGAGGCGGAGCGCCGCGGCUGGGAGCUGAUGCGCUGAUCCGCCGGAGUGCUGCUUUACCGCGUUGUAUGAGAACCCGUGUUAUAUUGGGUCACGUUAUAUCGGGGUAGAGGUGUAUAGCUUUCCAGCAAUGUGUUAGGCAAAUAGAGUAUCCUGCCUGGUACACUACUAUCAAGUCUUUAUCUGACUACUUCACUUUAAAAGCCAUCCUUUAGCUUUUUCUAGUGCUAGAGAAAUCCUCCAAGAUUAAGUGGAAUUGCUCCACAGAUGCCGCUAAAGGUUAACGCUUUAAGAUGUUACAAAAUAUAUAUAUAAAUAUAUAUUUGGAUACGAAUUUGCAUCUUUUAUUGUAUCUAAAGGUAAAUUCAAUCUUAAUCCAUGAUCCUCCUUUAAUAUCCUAGUGUAUUCUUCCUAAUCCAUUAUAGAUUGUUCUGUUGUUUUACAGAUUGUUUUCCAUUAGUUUAGAUGUUUUCUCCAUUGAUAGCUCAAUUCAGAUUGUUCUAUCAAUAGUUUGUUUUGUUUGCAUGUUGUAAAUACAAAAAGCUUUAAACGAGAACUUGAAAUUUGAUAGAUUUAAUAUCUGUAAUUAGACUAUCUUACUAGAUCUAUUUGACUCAGACUUCAUUUCUUCUGUAACUGGAGCAUAAAGUCCAUUCAAACUGCAGCUAGGACGAUCAGUUUGUAUUGAAGAAGGUUCUUUGUCACUAAUGUUGAAGGAUCAUUUGGGUGCCACUGUCCUGGGUGGGAGUGGGGGAGCUUCCUGAUCGGCUGGAAGAUUAAGUUGCAUUGUUGUUCUGUUUCCUGGAAUAGUUUGCUGUGCUAGCGUGGACCCUGAAAUGCAGCCGCUGGUUUCAGUCAGAUUCUCAGGGAGCAAGGCCACUAAGAGAUUUGCACAACUCAUAUAAUUAUUUAAAAUAACUCUGUGAGAAAACAGUUCUUCAUAAUCAGUAUUUUAAUUACUCUCCUGAAAAGAAAAAAAAUAGACAACAGUGAGUAAGGCUAUGAACAGGACCCUAUGUGACCUGCAGGAUGUCAAGGAACGUGAGCCUGGAAUCUACGGUGUUCUAGUGCAGCAGACUGAAAAUUUGG